UAUGUCAGUGUUUGUGUGUGUGUUAGCAUUUCUGAUAGGUUGGCAGUGGCAGACUACUGAGCAGCUCUACACAGGAACUGCACUCUGUCCAGCGGGCCAGUAAGAAAUCCACCUAUCACUGUAACAGACCAAAGGCAGAAUGAAAGGCGUUUGCUGGUAUUUUCAGCGAUUUUUGUAUCUCAUUCUUUGGCUGGCAGGUCUUACCCUGAUAGGAUUCUUUCAAUACAAUACUACAAAGGACAUCAAGCAGAAGCAUCCUUCCAAAAUCUGUCAACCCAUCACAGAUGUCAUGUUUCUCAAGACCCACAAAACAGCCAGCAGUACAAUCCUCAACAUCCUUUACCGCUUCUCAGAGAAACAUAACCUCACCAUAGCCUUACCCUAUGGAAAUGAACCCCAUCUUGGCUAUCCUAGUCCCUUCCACGCAUCAUAUGUUGAGGAAUUCAAAACACUGGAAAAUAAGUUCAACAUCAUGGGCAACCAUUUAAGGUUUAAUUGGCAACAGGUCAGAAGAAUAAUGCCAAAUAAUACCUUUUAUUUUUCUGUCCUGAGGCACCCAGCAUUAUUGCUUGAAUCAUCUUAUGUCUACUACAAAACCUAUUCGCCAGCAUUUAGAAAGUCCAAGAAUGUUAAUGAAUUUCUAUCCUCUCCUUGGUCAUACUACAAUAUGACAGAACAAAAUAAUAUGUAUGCUAAGAACAACAUGUGGUUUGAUUUUGGGUAUAACAACAAUGCAGAAUACGAUAAGAGUUAUAUCCAGUUUGUCCUGAAGAAAAUAGAAGAAAUUUUUCAUUUGAUACUGAUUGCUGAUUUUUUUGAUGAGUCAAUGAUCCUUCUGAAGGAUUUUUUGUGUUGGGAUCUGGAUGAUGUGAUUUAUUUCAAGUUGAAUGCCAGGAGCCAACAGAGCAUUCAGACUCUGAAUCCAGAGAAUAAAGAGAAAGUGAAGGAGUGGUGUGCUUUAGAUUGGGAACUUUAUAAACAUUUCAAUAAAUCAUUUUGGAUGAAGAUUCGGGAAAGAAUGGACCUCAAAACACUGUACAAGGAAGUUGAUCUUCUGCAGAAGAGACAGAAGGAACUGAUGGAGACAUGCCUCUUGGAAGAAACUGCAAUUGAGCACUAUCAAGUUAAAGAUAAGAAAAUGAAGCCUUUUCAAGGAGGAAAUGCUGGUAUCAUGGGUUACAAUCUCAAACAAGAUUUAGACAAUAAGACCCUGAACAUCUGUAAAAAGAUGAUCAUGCCAGAGCUCCAAUAUACAGCCCAUCUAUACAAUUCACAGUUCCCAUUUAAGAAGAAGAAAACAUUUGUCAGAUGAGUUCCUUUAACAAUACCAUCUUUCCGGACCAAGUUCCAAUCUCUAUGACAUUCUAGACUUCAGUUUUUCUUCAUCCAAAAUACUCCAGAUUAAUCUCAGUGCCUUUUCAGAAUCAAAAAUGAGAUGGAAAUUAGAGUCACUGUUUUUGGACUCCCAUCCUGAAGCUCUAAUCUUACAAAAGUCCUAAGGGACAACAAUGAUAAAGUUAGAAAAAAAAUUAUAGAAUCAUUCUGAUCAAGGUCUAAAUCCAUUCACCAUUUCAGUGUGGUGAAGAUAUAAAGACAAAUAUUUGACCAUACAUGGACACAACCUUUUCCAAACAAACAGUGGACUGGAUCAUAUCCACAGUUCUCAGAUUUUCAUAGUAUCAGAAUUAAAAGCUACAUCUCAUUGAAUUAUAGAGGAGCAACAUAACAUUUUAGCAAUUCUGUCCAACCCCUUACUCAGUGUAUAUUAAAACAUUUUUGACAAAUUAUUGUUUAAUUUUUGCUUUUACACAUCUAUUGAAAAAGGUUCCCUUCUCCCUUGAUACUUGAUAGUACAGAGCUUAGAUUCAAUUUAGGUUGCAUUACAGCUGCAAACUUGAUGAAAGACUCUGCCUCCACGUUGCUCAAAGGUUUAACAAGCUUCUUUUGUAGAUUCAUAAGAAAACAUUUUCCAGAUCAUUCUUUUGGUUUGUCAUUUGCAUUUCCCCUUUAAUUUUUAUCAUUUUCAGUCAGUUUUCUUUAAAUAUUAGUAAAGCACCUUUUUCCAAAUCAUUCUUUUGGCCUGUAACUUGUACUUCCUUUUUGGGUACUUUUUCUUGUCAGACAAAAUUUACUCCACAUCUGUCAUUCCCUCAUUGACAUAUUUGGACAUUGUCAAUCCAUAGAUUCAGACAUCUUUACUGACACUAUUGAUAUUGUUAAGUAUUAGUUUCUGGCUCCGUUCUUCAAAGAUCUGCUUUAAUAUUUCCAAUGUUAUGACUUUUUCUGUCAUUUUGUAAGUCCUAGUUAAUUGACUCCAAAAGUUCGCUUGUAAUUUUUCCCCCUUCAACUAUGAAUGUUUAGUCCCCUCUAAAGUUCAGUUUCUAAAACUAUAAAGUUCUUUAUCUUUGUGAUGAAUCAAGAUAGCAAAAUAAUUUCCCACGAGAAACUGUUUUUAUAGUCAAUUCCAAAAUCGUACACUUGCUGUUAAUAUUUCAAAUUUAACUUGACCCUUUAAAUUAACUUUUUAGAUCAAAAUCUUAUUUAGCUUUUUGCUGUUUAUUUCAAAAUAUUUAAGUUCUUAAAUUUGUAAUUAAUUUUUCUUUUGUUGAAAAUCGAAGCUACAUUGACCCUGUGACUUUUUAAGCUUGUUGUUCUGAAUGACUUUAAGAUGGUUAAUAGGCAAUUUCUGAAGGUGAGGCUUGCAAACCUACUGCCCUUUAAAAGUCUCUGUUUCAAUUGAGACCAAAAUGGCUAAUGCCUUCAUCUCCUGGUGCUCAAACCCAUGGAAAAAAUUGCUAUCCUGUGGUCUCCUUGUGAGGAAUAGCCACCUGCAGUACAUGUGGGUUAUUUCCCAUAUUCUCCUUAACUGGAAAAAUGAGUAGACUUUGCUGUGGUCAACUGCACUUUCAUGAAGGUGUCUUCAGUUCACCAUGGCUCUCAUGGAAGUUGUAUAAAAGUAUUACCAAUAAGUCAGCUGGAAACUAAAAUCCUUGCCAAACAAGUUUUAAUUGCCCUAUGCUUCGUCUUUUUUGCUUUUUUAGUUGUAGGGCAACUUAACAAGCGGUUAAACCUAUUACUGUGGCCCUGACCUCUUUUCCUCAUGUAAACACGAGGAACCAAACCCCACCACAAAGUCAUGGAAUUACCAGUGGAACCUUUUGCUUCAAAACCAGGAGUGCAGAUCUGUCUACAUAGAUCAAUGUUUCUCUACCUCAGCAACUUUGGUGUGUAGACUUCAACUCCUAGUCCCUGUUCCAAUAAAGUUAACUGUGGAGUAUUGUACAGGAAUUUAGAGAUAGAAGAUACAAAAGCACCAUUAAGGGGUAACUUGCAGAAAAGAUUACACAACCCAGAGAUAGAAAGAAAAAUGAGAAAGAAAUUCAAAAUAACCUUGCCUUGAUUUUGUUCCAUAUAACAUGUCACAGAAAGAAACUCAGAUAGAUUCUCAAGAUUCUCAAUAUCUAACAAUAUAAAUUGCACUCUGGAAUCCCUCUAGCAUCUCUUUCUUGAUACUACAGGGCUGACAGAUACUUGGACAGUAACAAUACAGGUAGUCCUUGACUUACAAUCACAAAUGAGCUCAAAAUUUCUGUUGCUAAGCAAAAUAGUUAAGUGAAUUUUGCUCCA